AUGGUUGCGAGAAAACCACCAGCUGACUACGUUAAAGUGCAGCCGACGCUAGAUGCAUUUGCGAAAAAGCUCAAGGACCUUUCGCGAGAUGACUCGUUAUGGGAGGUGCUGAAGAUAAACCAUCAGCGAUCGAGGUACAUAUACGAGAUGUACUACAAAAAGAAGCUGAUUUCGAAGGAAUUAUACUCGUGGUUGGGCAAAAAGAAGGUGAUAGACAUAAACCUUAUUGCCAAGUGGAGGAAGCAGGGCUAUGAGAAUCUGUGCUGUUUGAAGUGCAUUUCAGAGAAGACCUGUAUCUGCAGGGUACCUCACCAGAACGAUUUCAAGCAGUGUGUAAAUUGCGGGUGCAAAGGGUGUGCUAGUUCGGACUGA